GGGCCCUCGGCCGUGGUCUCGCGUCCUCUCUCCGGGAAUAGUGCUUCUCCUAUAAAAUGUCAUCCAUCAAGCACCUAGUUUAUGCAGUUAUUCAUUUCUUACGGGAACAAAGUCAGAUGGAUGCUUAUACGUCGGAUGAGCAAGAAAGUUUGGAAGUUGCAAUUCAGUGCUUGGAGACGGUUUUUAAGAUCAGCUCAGAAGAUACACACCUAGCAGUUUCACAGUCUUUGACAGAAAUGUUCACCAAUUCCUUCUGUAAGAAUGAUGUUCUGCCCCUCUCAAACUCAGUGCCUGAAGAUGUGGGAAAAGCUGACCAAUUAAAAGAUGAAGGCAAUAACCACAUGAAAGAAGAAAAUUAUGGUGCUGCAGUGGAUUGUUACACACAGGCAAUAGAGUUGGAUCCCAAUAAUGCGGUUUACUUUUGCAACAGGGCUGCUGCUCAAAGCAAAUUAGGUCACUACACAGAUGCAAUAAAGGAUUGUGAAAAAGCAAUAGCAAUUGAUUCCAAGUACAGCAAGGCCUACGGGAGGAUGGGGCUGGCCCUCACAGCAAUGAAUAAAUUUGAAGAAGCGGUUACAAGUUAUCAGAAGGCAUUAGAUCUUGAUCCUGAAAAUGAUUCCUAUAAAUCCAAUCUGAAAAUAGCAGAACAGAAGUUAAGAGAGGUAUCUAGUCCUACAGGAACUGGAUUGAGCUUUGACAUGGCUGGCCUGAUAAAUAAUCCAGCCUUCAUUAGUAUGGCAGCAACUUUAAUGCAGAACCCUCAAGUUCAACAGCUAAUGUCAGGAAUGAUGACAAAUGCCAUUGGGGGACCUGCUGCUGGAGUUGGGGGCCUAACUGACCUGUCCAGCCUCAUCCAAGCGGGACAGCAGUUUGCUCAGCAGAUACAACAACAGAAUCCUGAACUUAUAGAGCAACUGAGAAAUCACAUCCGGAGCAGAUCAUUCAGCAGCAGCACUGAAGAGCAUUCCUGAUUUGACCAGAGACCUUAGCCCAGAAUGCCAGUGGUUUAUGGCUCUAAAGUAGGCCCUGUAGAUAGUUCCUCCCAACCCCCAAACAAAAAAUAACAAACAAAACACCAUAUCUGAUCGUUGAAAGACUUGAGCAAAACACUCAUGAGUCCUUUGGAAACAAAUGAUCAGUAGCUGUGUUAAGUGCCAAUAUAGCACUGGAACAAGGUUCCAUUUUCAGACUUUUAUCACAUUUGUAUAUUAGACUUAGUAGCAGAGUAUAUUUAUUGAACAACCUGGUUGUUUAUUGGUGAAUUCUUCAGCUCUAAAUUCCCGUAAGCAAUUUUCUGAGCAGGGAGAUGACCAAAAGGAAAAGUUUCCCAUGCUAGUUUAGAAGAAAUAUAUUUGCCAUUGAGCAGCAUUUUAGGAGAGAAGAAAUUUGUUAUCUAGGUUUAGUUUUCACAAGUGCUAUCAGUAAUGAAUACAUAACAUGGCAGCCAGUAUCAUCUUGAAUGUUGUUUGUUGUGAUGAAUGACAGGGAAUCUUAAGAGCUGGUAGAAGGCAGAAUUCAGUGCAAGGGAUGUUAUGAAAAGAAGAAAAUAGAUAAUGGGAAUGUAUAGAAAGCAAAGGUAGGAUGCUCAGGUUUUCUGCAUAGUACUUAACUCAUCUUGUCUGCAGUUUGGUGUGGAUAACAUUAGCAUAGCCACUUAAUGCUAAGUACAUAAUAAAAUACAUUUAGAAAUCCUUAAGGGUCCCGGUUAGAUCAAUGAUACAACUGAAUUAUCACAAUUUCCCCAGUGGUAACCUUUUCCUUGGAAACUAUCAAAUAUAGCUAUAUUUAAAUGAGCUAGUGGCUUGGUCUUAAGGAUUUUCUAAGUGACAUUUAAUUAUGUGCCUGUAAAUGUUGAGUUUUUAAAAUUUACUAAUUAUUUGAUGGAUAGCAAAACACAUCUGUGACUAAUGUUGCUUGUUCAUGUAAUUCUCCGCAAUAGUUUGGCUUGGCAUGCCAGUAUUAUGCUAAACAUAAUUUAAAUUUGAUGCAAUUUAAACGUAACAGGAGACUUAAGAUAUUUUAUAAUAAAUUAGAUGCCAUAAUUAGUAGUUAAGAGAAAUUGUGUUAGGUAUUAAUGGUGUGGCUUUAAUUACAGUGAUGGAGGAGACAGUUCUAAUUCCAACUGGAAUUUUUUUAUUAAUCAUGAAAUUAGUGAAGUGGGGCUGAUGAGUACAUGAUUUCACAAGUAUUGUGAGGGAAAACUGAAAAGGAAGUAAUAUGAAAUUAUAUCAGUAAUAAUGGUAAUGGUCCAGCCUUCCUAUAACUCUUCUCUUUUAAAUACUAAUUAUUUGGUAUUUAGAAGUUUAAAAACCAACUUCUUUUACUCUUCAUGACACUAGCCAGCAGUUCUAUGAUAACACUAUAAGAACAUCUAGGGAAAUCAUUAGAAAUGCAGAUUCAGGACCACACCUUCAAUUUAGAUUUAGUAGGUCCCCUAAUAAGGCCUGCUUUUUAAAUAGCACACUGCGUAGUUCUGAUGUAGAUCCAAGGACUACUCUAAUUUAGAGCAACACUAGGUUAGAGGUCUCUAACUUGGAUCGGCCAAUGCUAAGCCCCUAAGGCUAACAUGAAGAUCUAUAUAUGAACCCAUAGUUCUGGCCAUUGAAGAGCGGGACUUAAUCUUUAGGCCCUCGGAGAUUAAAUCUCUAGUAUUCCAUCUAAGCCAGCUUGGGUUUUCAUGAAGUUAGAAUCAGCCCUUAGUGUUCGAGUGUGAUUCAUCCCUCAUGCUGUAGGAAUCAUCAUUAGGAAUCAUCCCUCAUGCUGUAGCACACUUGAACACUAAGGGCUGAUUCUUAAUCAUAUACAAGUUAUGACGGUGAUUAAAAAAAAGCAAAGUAGAUCCUUAAUUAAAAAUUAGUCACUCUUAUCCAAUGUUGACUAAGAAGUUAAAGUUUCUAGGAUAACUGUCUUGAGUGCAUUAAAAAUGCUUUCAGAUUUAUAUGAUUGCUCAGCCUCUAGCUACUGACUAGGACAGUACAAAGUACAGAUUAACAGAUUCAGAAAUAAAAGAAGAGAUACAGUACAGACACUAUGGAUAUUAAAAGGAUAAUUAGAAAACACUAAGACCAACUCUAGAUCUAUAUAUUUAGCAACUUAGAGAAAACAAAUUCCUUUUAAGAUAAAACUACCAAAGCACAUUGAAGAAAUAACCUGAAUAGACCUGUAUUUAGUGAGGAAGUUGAAAUUAGUUAUAAAUCUCUACAGAAAAGGUUCAGGUAACUUCAGUGGUCAAUUUUACCAAAUACUUAAGAGAGAAAGAUCAAUUUUUACACACCCUCUUCCAGAAAAUACAAAAGGAGUAAAUACUUCCUAAUUUAUUUAGGCCAGUUAUUACCCUGAUAAAAUCUGACAUAAGUUAUUACCCUGACAAAAUCUGACAUGAUAAAAAGACAUAAGAAAAAAUACUUUAAAACAAUUAUCUUC